AUGGUGGCAGAUGAGCUCCCUACACCAAGAAGAAGUAAGCACCCAUAUUGGGGGAGAAGGGAUGAAAGCAAGUAUUGUAGAUACCAUCGGGACCAUGCCCACCACACUGACGAUUGUUAUCAACUUAAGGAGGAAAUUGAGGCACUCAUUAGACGAGGUAGGCUACAACAGUACGUAGCUGGUAGAGCUAUUCCAACAGAGCCAGUCGCACCGCAGGAAGCAGACCCUCAACCGGCAACUACCAGGAUGACAAUUGCCACCAUCUCGGGAGGACCUACAUUGGCGGGAGACUCCAACCGAGCCAUCAAGAGCUAUGCCCGAACCGCCGUGAGGGUCCCAACCGAAGCUAUGUCAGUAGGUGCAACUGAGCGCCCCUUAAAGAUGUCAAGAGUAACAUGCGAGCCCAUUUCAUUCACCGAGGAGGACCAAUUCGGUCUCCACUUCCCACACACUGAUCCCCUGGUCAUCACUGCUGAAAUAGCCCAGUGCGAAAUCGCCAGGGUCUUCAUUGAUGGAGGGAGCUCAGUCAAUAUCAUUUUCCUCCAUGUGUUCGAGAUGCUCAGCAUCAGCCGAGAUCUGCUUGAUCGACGGUGCUCACCCCUAGUAGCCUUCGGGGGAGGGCAUGUGCAACCUCUCGGCCAUAUGCACCUCACCUUGUCUAUGGGAACACACCCCCGAUGCGCUAGCACCACAACCAGCUUUGUCGUGGUAGAUUGUCCUACCUCCUACAAUGUGAUAUUGGGGCGACCGGCCCUGGUAGGUCUAGACGCCACGGUUAGCCACAAAUGCCUCAUGCUCAAGUUUCCAACACCAGGAGGGGUUGGCUGUGUCCGGGGAAGUCAGAGCACGGCUCGGACAUGUUACGCGUCAUCAGUGAAACUAAAAACCAAACUGUACAGAAAAACUUUCUCCUUAACUAGCGGUCAAGAACACCCAGUGCCUGCCAAAACAUUAGAGCUCGACCCCAGAGAGGGGAUUGACCCCGUAAACCUAAAACCAGUGGAGGAGUUAGAGAAGGUAGCCGUUUACCCUGAUCAGCCAGAACGAUUUCUCCAGAUCGGCACAAAGAUGACGACCGUGAUUCGAGAGCCCCUUGUCAAAUUCCUGAAAGCCAACUUAGAUGUAUUUGCAUGGACCCACGAAGACAUGACAGGCAUAAACCCAGAGAUAAUCACACACCGACAAGAUACGAGGAAGACCGAGGGAAAAUGGAGAAUGUUCGUCGACUUCACAGACCUCAACAAGGCGUGCCCUAAGGACAGCUUCCCAUUACCUCGGAUCGACCAGUUGGUUGACGCCACGGCCGGUCACGAGCUGCUAAGUUUCAUGGGCGCUUACUCAGGCUACAACCAGAUUCACAUGCACCCAGACGAUCAGGAGAACACCUCUUUCAUCACCGAUCGAGGUACCUAUUGUUACCAGGUGAUGCCAUUCGGCCUAAAAAAUGCGGGCGCCACAUACCAGCGCCUCGUGAAUCGCAUAUUUUCAGAACAAAUUGGCAAAAGCAUGGAGGUGUAUGUGGACGACAUGCUAGUCAAAAGUAUCAAAGCAGAACAUCAUACCACCGAUUUGACUACCACAUUCAACAUCCUGCGACACUACGGAAUGAAGCUCAACCCAACCAAGUGCGCAUUCGGUGUUGGGUCGGGUAAAUUCUUGGGAUUUUUGACCCCUCCUAGAACUCGCAAGGAGGUCCAAAGUUUGACAGGUAGGAUCGCCUCGCUGAAUCGUUUCAUUUCUAAAUCCACAGAUCGGUGUCUCCCUUUCUUCAAGGCUCUAAGAGGGAGAGGGAAAGAGAUAAUGUGGACAAAGGAGUGCGCUGCUGCGUUUGACAACUUACGGGAACACAUGGGUCGUGCACCCAUCCUCUCAAAACCAGAAAUGGGAGACAUACUAUCGUUGUACGUAUCGACCUCUUCAUCGGCGAUCAGCUCAGUCCUCACACGAGAAGACAAUGGCACUCAACGCCCAGUAUACUACGUCAGCCGAGCACUCUUAGACGCAGAAACACGAUACCCGGACAUAGAGAAAUUAGCAUUAGCUUUGGUUGUCUCUGCGAGAAAACUCCGACCAUAUUUCCAAGCCCACCCGAUCCGAAUUCUUACAGAUCAGCCACUUCAGCAGGUUCUACAAAAACCCGAAACCUCAGGUAGGCUAAUUAAGUGGGCAAUAGAGCUCGGUGAAUUCGAUAUCGAGUAUCGACCCAGAACAGCCAUCAAGGCACAAGCCAUGGCAGACUUCAUCUCAGAAUUCACCUCGGCACCAUCCAUGCAGGGGAAUAAUAUUCCACUUCCCAACCCUAUCAGAGAGGCCGACCACCACUGGAUCUUGUACGUGGAUGGAGCCUCCAACUCACAAGGUUGUGGAGCUGGCCUGGUACUCAUUUCCCCUAACGCCACAGAAGUUGAAUACGCACUUCGAUUAGGAUUUCGGGCGUCCAACAAUGAGGCAGAGUACGAGGCCUUAAUAGCCGGCCUUCGCCUCGCCAAGGAGCUUGGCGCCAAAAAGAUCCAAGUACGGAGUGACUCACAACUUGUGGUCAACCAAGUAAACGAGGAAUAUCAGGCUCGAGAUGAUACCAUGAUCGCAUAUGUGGCAAAAACAAAAGACCUACUAUCACAGUUCCAGACAUAUGAGCUGAGCCAAAUCCCCCGCUCCAAGAACAGCCGAGCCGACUCUCUUGCCAAGUUGGCCUCAGCUGCAACAUCAAAGAUAAAACGGGUCGUGCCAAUUGAAUUCCUUGCAGAAAGAAGUAUUGACCAAACGAAGCAGGAGGUUAGUAUGCUCAACCACGGACCUAACUGGAUGUCUCCGAUUCGUGACUUCCUAACCAACGGUACCCUACCAAAUGACAAGGCCGAAGCUCGACGCCUAAAGCUUCGGGCCACAAGAUACACCAUGUUGGAGGAUUGCCUGUACAAGAGAGGAUUUUCUCAGCCACUCCUAAAAUGCAUCACAUCCGACCAGGGGCGAGAGCUCCUACGAGAGGCCCACGAGGGGAUUUGUGGUGACCAUUCUGCAGCAAUAUCCCUGACCACCAAGAUAUUACGUAGGGGAUAUUUUUGGCCCACAAUGAAUGACGACGCCAAACAACUUGUGCGAGUUUGCAAACCUUGCCAACUCUUUGCCACCAUCCCACACCAACCUCCUGAGGGGCUCACCACCAUGUCAGGCCCCUGGCCAUUCGCACAGUGGGGACUGGAUUUGAUUGGACCAAUGCCGAAUGGAAAAGGGCAGACAAAAUUCGCUAUUGUCGCUGUGGACUAUUUUACCAAAUGGGCAGAGGCCGAGCCCUUGGCAACCAUCACGACCACUCAAGUACAGAGCUUCGUAUGGAAGAACCUGAUCUGCCGCUUUGGCAUACCACACUCGAUUAUCACUGACAAUGCAAGACAGUUUGACAAUGCCAAAUUCAAAGCCUUCUGCUCUGGUUUGAAUAUCAACCUUCGUUUCUCCUCACCAGCUCACCCACAAGCCAACGAACAGGUAGAGGCAGUGAACAAAAUUAUCAAGCGCACCAUAAAGAAAAAGUUGGGGGCCAAGAAGGGGAAUUGGCCCGAGCUACUCCCCGAAGUGUUAUGGGCAUACCGCUGCACCCAACGAUCAUCCACAGGUGAAACCCCUUACUCAUUAUCCUUUGGGUCUGAGGCGGUCAUCCCAAUUGAGGUAGGUCAACCUACCCGACGAGUAGAGCAUUUCGCACCUGAGCAAAGCGGAAUUGAGCAGAACCUAAGCUUGGACCUCCUUGAAGAACGAAGACUGCAAUCAAUUCUCCACCUAGCCGCCUACCAACAACGCACUACUCGUUUCUACAAUCAAAAGGUGAGAGAAAGGAACUUUCGACCUGGGGACUUAGUCUUGCGGAAGGUUCUCCCGGGUACCCGAGACCCAACCGCGGGUACAUUAGGGGCCAAUUGGGAAGGUCCCUACACAGUAACCGAUGUUGCCCGACCUGGGACCUAUCGGCUCGCCCACUUGAACGGCAAGGCACUACCACAUCCAUGGAACGCCGAACACCUCAGACAAUAUUUCCCAUGA